AUUUACAUUUCACAGUGUUGCUAGAUACAUAGCAUAUUGUAUGCCUUUGUGCGUUUCCACAAUGGUAAUCUUACAGUUCUGCACGAUGGUUUAUAUGAUUAAAUUGUGGCUUCUUAAAAUAAAUUACGUUAUAAGUACCGAUUUGCCCCUGAAACUCUCGAAACCUGCAAAUACAAUCAUUCCAUGUUCAACGACAUUCGAUUUUAAACAGCAUCAAGUGAUAGACAAUUUAGAAAAAAUUAAAGUACUACACUACGAAUUAUUUACAGUAUGUCUCAAAUUAAAUGAAGUCUAUUCGUUGCCUUUGCUAGCGGCAAUGACUCAAAUGUUUCUAAUGCUUUUAUCCAAGUUGUUCUUUUUGAUGCGAGGAGUGUUGAUAACGAAAGCACACUCAAUACCGAUUUGUGUGAUUUUUAAUUCUUCUAUUUCAGCUUUUUGUUUUUACCGAAUUAUAAUGUUAUCUCAUGUUUGUGCGUUGGCAAUUAAUGAGGGUGAUAAGGUGGCGAUACUUAUACAGUCAUUUAAUAAUUUUGGGGAAGAUGCGGUUUUAAAAUUGAUGCAAAUAUCACAACAAUUGUUAUAUUGCAAAGUGAGAUUUUCGGUAUUCGGAAUGUUCGAAGUCAAUGAAUCACUUUUAUUGUCAGUAAGUACAUGA